AUGGAAGACAAGUCUUGUUAUCCGUGCGAGCAGGAGGUCAUUCAAAAGUAUCCCGCCUGUCCCUUGCAAUGUAUGUCGCCCAAAUGCAAAGCAUAUAAAGAGCCUCCCAUAGAUUCCAGCAAGACUCCAAUAAUCUGGGUUAUAGGAGGUCCAGGGUCUGGUAAGAGAACGCAAUGUCAGAAGAUCAUCGCCAAGUAUGGGUUCACACAUCUCUGUACAGGAGACGUACUCCGAGCUGAAGCGGCGAUGAAUAACUCUGAAAAAUCAAAGUGUCUCGCUACUAUUAUGAAGCGGGGUGAGCCGUUUCCCAACGAUGUAGUGUUAAAUCUGCUUAAAGAAGCAAUGAUCUCUAAAGUUGGCGGAGCUAAAGGUUUUCUCAUCGCUGAUUAUCCGAGAAAAAAAACCCAAGGCAUCGCCUUUGAAAAGGCCAUUGCUCCAGUGAAUCAUAUAUUAUACCUCGAAGCUUCGGCUGAAACUCUGAAAAAGAGAGUCCAAGCUCGAGCAGUAGACGAGUACGCCCUCAAUAAACGACUCAAGACCUUCUUCGAGGACACGGACUUGGUGCUGGCACAUUACCUCAAGAAACUGACCAGAAUAAACGCUGAAGACACACCGGACGCAGUCUUCGACGAAAUAGUUAAAGUCCUCGACCCAAUUGUCACAUGA